CCGGAGUCUUCUCUUCAUUUGCCCGAGUGAUGUUCAACUAUGACGACACUACCUCCGCGGAAAUGUCAAACGGCCACGAAAGCGCCCUGCAAACAGCUGACACCACUGGAAAUUUUAUUGAAACUUGGAUUCUCCAAGCUCAGAGCGGAAAAAGCGUUGACAGCUACUGGACAUCAAGGAGCUGAAUUGGCGACAAACUGGUUAUUGAAACAUGUCCAGGACCUUUAUCUUGACGCGGACAACCCGAGGGAGUUUAUUUUGUAUGCUUGUCCCACGGGGCAGCUUGCUGAUAAUCUUAAUAAAUUUUGGGAAGACAGCAAACUAUUGGAAUGGAAUAAAGCUCAUGAUUAUAUGCCUCAUAUCACUUUACUCCGUUUUUUUAAGGUACCUGACAAAAAUUCAGAACAAGUAUCAAAAGCUCUAGAAACACUACUAGAACCAAGCGACUGCAUGGACCGAGUAGAACUGGAGCCCUAUGUGUCCCCAAACUUCAUCGGCUUGUUCAUAAAUGAAAAGCAAGCCAGCUUCUUCGAAUCAGCUGUCAGCAAGUUCAUCAAGAAGUUAUCAAACAUAGGAAUCACUGCAGAAGCUGACACAAAGUCUAUGCACGUAUCUCUGGCCUACGAGUUCUCGAGCCAACACUUCCAAGCCUUGCGCUCCAUGAUAGAGAAACUAAUCCCGUCAUCCAGUAACUGGGAGCUUAAACUCUACUCUCGCGACCCGCGGUUCCGGGCCUGGAGAGUCCACAAAGUUGUUCAGCCCUUCACUCCUCAGGCAAAUGACGAGCUUGAAUUGGGACCAGGUGAUUUUAUUUAUUUACAAGAAGACAGCUCAGCUGAUGGCUGGGCCCAAGGUGUUUCUCACUCAACUGGUGCCUCAGGACAGUUUCCAGUUGAUUUUACCAAGCGUACGGCUGUGACCAGCACCUGGACGCUGCAUAAGACAGUUGUUGUGCCUGUUUACUCUGCUACAGCAGAAGUAGUAAGUCCUAGAUGUAGAAAGCCUAUUUUUUUAACUGAUUCUGUGGAUAUUGUUGAUGGUCUUCCUUCUGAUACUGAACCAGUCGAAGGCUCUCCAGCAACUUCUCUUCGACAAAUUUACAUCUGUCGUCACGGCGAACGCGUAGACUUCACAUUCGGAGCAUGGAUUCCUUACUGCUUCGAAGCAGACGGCUGUUACAUCCGCCGCGACCUGAACAUGCCGGAAAAAAUUCCUGUGAGAAAUAUCCAGGACUAUCAAAAUGACAGUCCACUGACCACUAUAGGAGAGCUGCAAGCUUACUUGACUGGCGAGGCGAUGAAGUCCUCAAAUGUAAAAAUAGACGUGGCCUUUGCUUCACCAUCUCUAAGAUGCGUUCAAACUCUAUCUCACAUUUUGAAGGGACUCGGUUCAAGUAUUGAAAUGAAAGUAGAGCCGGGCUUGAUUGAAUGGCUGGCCUGGUACCCCAACGGGUUGCCAGCCUGGAUGACCAGUGAGGAGCUGACCCGGGCCGGGUUCAAUGUAGACAAAAAUUACCACCCGAUUGUUAGCGUUGGACAGCUUCCUGACAAGGAAAACGCCGCGCAGUACUACGAGAGAAGCUACGGGCUGGUUAAGAAAAUUAUUGAGGGAACUGUCGGGAAUGUUCUGAUCGUAGCGCAUGCAGCUUCGCUCGCAGCUUGUACCAGACAGCUCACUGGAGGAAGAGUUCCAUCCGCUGCCGAAGUUACGAGGUUGGUCCAGCGAGUUCCUUAUUUAGCUUGUCUCACUGCUUGCGAGGAGAUUGAUGGCUGGCAAUUACAUCCUCCUCCCUUCCCACCCAUCACCCACACCAGCAAUAAUAGGUUUGAUUGGAAGAUACUCGUCUAGAUUAUCUAUCAAUUUUGAAUUUUAAUAUACAAUUAAUUAUUAAAUUAAAUACCAAGUGCUAAUUAUUAUUACAGUUAAAUUUAAUCGUAAAGACUGUCGUGAUACAAUGAAUUUUAAUAUUAUCGUGAUUUUUAAAUUUUAAAUUAUAUUGAGAGAAAAAAUUUAUU